CCAAUGUACACAUUACUCUAUUCUCUCUGUAUCUGUAUCUCCUUCAUUUAUGUUCCACCAUCCGUGCAUCAACAUUCUCCAGGUUUGUUAUAGAUUUUGGAUUUGUUCUUCAGCCUUCUCAAGCCUUCUCCAGCUUAAACAGGCAUUGGAGGUUACUUCAUCCUUGCAUGAAGAUGCAAACUUCAAAGACUUUAAAGCUUUAGUUAAAUGUGAAGAUCCUAAUGCUAAUUUGUAUACUUUUGUUGGAAGUAUGGAAUAUGAAGAACAACAGAAUCCUCUUUCUCCCCAGCAAUUACUCCUCAGAGACUCUAAAUUGCGCAACACAGAAUAUAUAUAUGGGGCUGUUAUCUUUACUGGUCAUGACACAAAGGUCAUGCAUAAUGCAACAGACCCCCCUUCUAAAAGAAGCAAAAUUGAGAGGAAGAUGAAUAGAAUCAUUUACUUCUUAUUUGCAGUUCUAUUCGCAAUUGCUUUUGUUGGAUCAAUCUACUUUGGAAUUGUGACUGAAAAGGAUCUAGAUGACAGACAUAACAGGUGGUAUCUACAACCUGAAACUUCAGACAUUUUCUUUGAUCCCAGAAGAGCUCCUGCUGCUGCCAUGUUCCAUUUUCUCACUGCUGUGAUGUUGUAUAGCUACUUGAUUCCUAUCUCCUUAUAUGUGUCAAUUGAAAUCGUUAAAGUUCUUCAGAGUAUCUUCAUUAAUAAGGAUAUUAAUAUGUACUAUGAAGAAACUGAUAAACCAGCACAUGCCCGCACCUCAAAUCUUACCGAGGAACUCGGCCAGGUUGACACAAUACUUUCUGAUAAAACUGGCACACUGACUUGUAAUUCAAUGGAGUUUGUCAAGUGCUCCGUGGCUGGUACUGCUUAUGGACGUGGUAUUACAGAAGUUGAAAAGGCCAUGGCUAAGAGGAAUGGAUCUCCACUGGUGAGGAUGGUGUUGUUACUUCUAGGAAGUCCACCGUUAAAGGUUUCAAUUUUGAAGACGAAAGAAUCAUGAAUGCGAGUUGGCUUUUUGAGCCUCAUUCAGAUGUAAUACAAAAGUUCUUCCGUUUGUUAGCAGUUUGUCAUACAGUCAUACCAGAAGUAGAUGAAGUUACAGAACAAAAAAUGAGAAGGUAUGUGCAGGUUUGGACAAUGCGAUGAGAUGUGUUGUAAGAGUCCUGUUCUGAAGGAUUAACAAUGGAGUGUUUAUAUUGUUCGUGCCCCUGACUCUACUUGCUAUGUGAGGUACCGCAUCACUGAAGGAGUAAAUCUUCCUUUCCGUGUAUUACCAACUAUCAAAGAAUUAGGCCGUACACGUAUGGAAGUGAAUGUUAAGGUUAAGAGUGUGUUUGGUGCAAAAAUAUUUGCUCUUGGAGUAGUUACUAAAAUUCCAGUGCCAAAGCAAACUGCUAAAACAAACUUCCAGGUGACGUCAGGGAGAGCAAAGUAUAAUGCAGCCAUUGACUGUUUGGUUUGGAAGUGAGUAAUCUAUUGCUUAAUCACGAUUGGCGUAUUUCUUGAAGAUGUGGUCAAGGAUAGUGGAACCUUCUUAGUUUUGUUUGUCUAUUAGUUUACCUGGACAAUAGAAUAAGAGUAUAAUUCAAUGUUAAUAGUUCUCCUCCUCUAUUGUGGCUAAUUGGAGGAGUUAAAUUUACUUGGGGCGAGCUGAGUGUAAUAUAAAAUAAUCAAGAUGGAGGAGGAUAGUUUCACUAGGUUUUGGUUUUAUACUGAAUCCUAUGUGUUUAUAUCUUCCCAAUUGUUUUUCUUUUUUGUGUUAAAAAAGGGACAUCCCGGUGCACAAAACAUCCAGCGUUCAUGCAGGGUCAGGGGAUGGCCACAUCCCAAGGGUUGUGAUGUAGAUACCCUACCUCAAUGUAAGCAUUAGUGGCUAAUUCCACGGCUUAAACCCGUGACCUAGGUAGGUCACACAGAGACAACUCUUAGUUUUUUAUGUUAGUUAUGUUAAAAUUCAUUUUAUUAACAUGAUAGUAUUAAAAGUUUCAACUUUGAUCUAA